GUAAAAAUCAAACUGCAAAUCAAUUCGAAAAUUAUCGAAAAAAAUUUUCAAAAACCUAACUUUUCGGCAUAAGUGCAGUGCAGUGUGCUAAAAUAAACUAAAACAAAACAUAUUAUAAUUAAAUUAAACAAAAUUUGUAAACAUUUUUUACAAACUCGACGAUCAGCAAAAAGGAGAGGAACAUUUUGGAUUAACGCGAACAUUUGCAAUUGGAUUUUAAGCAUUUGUCGUGUUCGGAGUGCGCGUCCUGAAUUUCAAACUGCUUAGAAAAACACACAACAAAAAAAGAAAAACAACAACAAAUCCGACAGCUCUCAUUGCAAGCGUGUGUGUUGUGUACAUAUGUGUGUAGAAAUCUCUACAACAACACACAAAUAAUAAUAAUAAUAAUUUAUUUAUAAUAUUCUUAUUAUUAUUAUCGAUCAUCCUUGGAUAGAAGGCAUUUGAUGCGAAGAAAGUCAACGCACCACAAACUCAACAAACAACAAUUGCAAAAUUCCCUUUGGCUAAGAAUUUGCAGCGGCUACUUGCAAAAUAUUAUUAUUAUUAUUAUCAUUGCUUUUAUGCAAAGUCCGCUAAAUAAUUCGACGAAAUUCCAUUUUGGCAACAUUACAAAAAUCACAAAUCGAAAGCAAUUCGCAAAGAUUGAGACGCAUCACAAAUCAAAGAGCAGCUUCUUCCAUUUGCUUUGGUCGGUUCCGGUUCCGGAUCAUUGUCAUCAUUAUCAUUCUUCUGUUCUUAUCAAACACAAUAACGACAACAACAACAAUCGAGAAAGUGUAACAGAGCAACAAGUUGAAGAACAACGGCCUGCAACAUGGAUCCGCAACAACAGUUUUGCCUCAAAUGGAACAGUUUUUCCUCCAACUUGGCAAUCACAUUCUCCAAUCUAUUCAAAUCGGAUCUAUUGGCCGAUGUCACAUUAUCCUGCGAUGGCGCCGUCUUUAGGGCACACAAAUUAAUCUUGGCAGCCUGCUCGAAAAAGUUCGCCGACCUGUUCGAGAACACGCCCACAAAUGGCCAGUGUGUCAUCAUACUGGAGGCGACAACGCCGGACAACAUGGCCGCGCUGCUCGAGUUCAUGUACAAAGGCGAGGUGCACGUCUCCCAGGAGGCGCUCAACAGUUUCCUCAAGUCCGCCGAGAGUCUACAAGUCAAAGGACUGUCCACUGAGACGGGUCGCUUGGCGGCGCAACAGGCGCAACAACAACACAUGGGCGGCGACAGUUCGCCGCUCGAUUCGCCGACGGGUCGUCGCAGCAUGCGCAACAGUUUAAGCGGCAGCAGCGGCGUUGCCAUUGGCAUUGGUGGCAACAACAACAACAGUGGAACAGCCAACAGCCCUGCCAUUUCCGGCAACAAUGGCUUGAGCCUGGCCGGCGCCCUCAGCGGCAUGGCAGCUGCUGGUGGCAUGGCUGCAGCGGCAAGUGUGGCCGCCAGCGGUCUCAGUGCAUUGGCCACAAGUGCUGGCGCCUUAGAUCGUUGCGGCAGCGCUGGUGGCAACAUCAUUAGCGGCUCUGUUGCUGGCGUUGGUCCACUCAGCGCUGGCUCCGGCGUCGGCAGCGGAAACGGCGGCAACGGCAACGGUGGCAAUGGCGUUCAUCUUGGCGGCAACAAUGGACCGAUCAGUCUGAGUGGCAGCGGCGCUGGCGCCGCCAUGCAUUUGGGCGGCGGUUCAACGGGCAGUCUGAAGCAAGAGUGCGAUUCGCUGAUGCAUCCCAGCAGCAGCUCACAGCUGGGCAUGGCCUAUGUGCCGCCCAUGUACCACCGUCCCAUGUCCUUCAACGAACCGCUUCGCAAGCGCGCCCUCCGCAGUCCCUAUGCCGAGCAGGAGCUGCGCGGCAGCGUCCUCCGCGAUGGCUCCAAGAACUCCUCCGAGUGCCCCAGCCCCAUCAACAAGCAACCCUACCAUCGACCCUCGUCCAGCGCCAGCUCGACAGCGCCCACCGAGGCGGACACCAUGCACUCGGAACGCGCCUCGCCACAGUCCAGGUAUGAGAACCACAGUCCCAGCACUACGGCCGGCAAUGGAAAUGCGCCGAGCGGCCUGGAUCGGAUUGUGAAAUCGGAACGCAACAAUGGCAGCGCCAACGAGGCUAAUGACGAUGAACGCGAACUGAUGGACGAGUCAACCGAUAAUGGUGCCGAGGAUUUGCGUGUGAAAUUGGAGAACUCAAACUAUUCGCCGCCACCCGCCAACUCGAACACCUCGUCGACCACACCGAAUGCGCUGCUGGAGAACCUGAAGAAUGCGGACGGAUCGCUGUCGGGCAAUUUGGCCGCAUCGAUUGCACCCGCUGACAUGUUGAACGUGUGGAAUGCCACCAAGAUGAACAACAAGAACAGCGUGAACACAGCGGACGGCAAGAAGCUGAAGUGUUUGUACUGCGAUCGCCUUUACGGCUACGAGACGAAUCUGCGCGCACACAUCCGGCAGCGGCAUCAGGGCAUCCGGGUGCCCUGCCCCUUCUGCGAACGGACCUUCACACGCAACAACACGGUGCGGCGGCACAUUGCACGGGAGCACAAGCAGGAGAUUGGUUUGGCGGCGGGCGCAACAAUUGCGCCGGCGCAUGUGGCAGCAGCGGCGGCGGCAGCGGCGGCCGCGAAUCAUUCACCAUAG